AUCGAGCAUCGUGUGGUAACGUCACCUUUUUUUCUCUUCUUCAAACCUUCAUCUUCCUUGAGCAUUUCCAUUUCAACCAAUAGCUAGCGAAUAACAUGGAGACAGUCAAAUCCCAAGUCAAUUUCUCCGUGGCAUCGGAUAUCAUCAGUGCGCUGGAAAACAUCGUAAGUGUAUGGUGGAUGUUUGGUUACAGUUCGACUUCCCGAGAUGCCGGACAAAUGUUCAAUGUCCGAUCAGUGUUUGCUUCGAGUAUUAUCAUUUAUUUCAUUUUAUUCGAUGUAUACCUUGCAUAUAUUCUGCCAGUCUGUUCGUCCCUCAGUUAUUCAUGACACGUGUUAGAUAAGUCGGCUCAUGUCUUAAAGGGAUCGCGCGUCCCAUCAGCACUUGCAGAUACUGCUAGUACAAGUCACCGAUCGACCAUAUGGCUUAAAUACCACCA